AUGCCCUCAGUUGUACUACUCGGCUGCGCCGGCUUAGUCCCUCAAAUCUUCGUCUCGGCCUUCGGAACCACGCGCGCUGCCGCGGGGUCCUUUGCGAAUCAAUACGCCCUAGAACAUGAUCUCCAUCUCGACCUCGCGCGCGCUGCGAAGGAAGCUGGUUGUAGAGUUUGUGUGCUUGUAUCGUCUUCAUCUGCUCAUGACCGAGUCCCUGAUUUCGCGUACGGGCGAAUGAAGCGUGGGAUUGAAGACGGGGUCAGAGCUCUCGGGUUCGAAAGGACCGUUAUUUUGAGACCGGGGGUUAUUCAAGGGCAGAGGGAGGAAGCAAGGACCGGGGAGGGUGUGGCGAAGGUGAUUAUAAGGGGUUUGGGGGUCGUUUCGCCUUCGUUGAGGGAUACACUGGAUCAAGAUGCUGGGGUUAUUGCGGAGGCAGCUGUGGCGGUAGGUGUGGCGUCUCUGGAGGAUGCAGAGGUUGAAGCCCAGCCGAGGGUGAGGGUUAUUGAGCGGAGCAAUAUCUUGGAAUUUGCGACACAGUGA